AUGCCUCCCCCCCACCAUCGGAAUCAGGCGUUUCGCCCUGAAAAUGUCCACAAGCGGGCAGAAGACCUCAUUGGCGUUGGCCAGAAGGAGGCCGCCUUGGAAACCCUUUACGACUUUAUCAUCCUGAAGCGGAUUCGGUACAUGGCCGUCGAAGACCUCGAGCCCAUCGGGUUGUUGCUUAUCCAACUCGCCGUCGAGUUGAGACGGGGGAAGUUGGCUAAGGAUGCUUUGCACCAGUACAAGAAGAAUGUCCAACUUUCGGAAAACGGGUUGGAGUCAGUGCAAGUGAUCGUCCGCCGUUUCAUCGAAUUGGCGGAAAAGCAGUUGGACGAAGCUCAAGCUCAAGCCGACAUCAAGAUCGACCAAGACGAAGAAGACGACUUGGAAACCCAACAGCUGCCCGAAGCUAUCUUGUUGUCGGCGGUUUCCAACACCGACUCUGCUGACCGCACUGAGCGUGAAUUGGUGACUCCUUGGCUCCGUUUCCUUUGGGAAGCCUUCCGCGCCACCUUGGACAUCUUGCGUAACAACUCCAAGUUCGAAGUUACCUACUCCGCCAUCGUCAACCAGGCGUUCAGAUUCUGCCUUAACUUCAAGCGUAAGGCCGAGUUCCGUCGUUUGUGUGAAUUGUUGCGUACCCACAUGCAAUUGGUGACCACGCAAACUAAGACCACCGCUACCACCAACGCUAUUGACUUGAACGAUGCCGAAACGGUGCAACGUUACUUGGAACAACGUUUUGCUCAGCUUAAUAUCGCCGUCAAGUUGGAAUUGUGGCAAGAAUCGUUCCGAUCGGUUGAUGAUGUUCACACCUUGAUCACCGCCUCGAAGAAGGCUCCCAAGCCCCACAUGAUGGUCAACUACUACGAAAACUUGGCCCGCAUUUUCGCUGUCUCGGACAACGCUUUGUUCCACGCCGCUGCCUGGAACAAGUUCUUCAACUUGUUCUCGCAAUCGCCUAACGCCACCGACGAAGAAUUGAGCAGAUAUGCCCUGAUCUUCGUGUUGGCAACUCUUGCGAUUCCCAAAAAGGUGCCCCUGGGCAUGUCUCACGGCUCGCAAUUCCACCACGUUGACGGUCUGUUCUCGGAUGACUCCAACACGAAGACCAAGAACCUGAAGUUGACCUCGUUGCUUAACCUCAACCAAGUCCCCACCAAGGAUGGCUUGAUCAAGGUUAUCUUGUCGAAGCAAAUUUUGACCUACGUUGACCCGGCGGUGAAGGAGCUUUUCUACCUUUUGGAACAAGGCAACUUCCAACCUUUGACCAUCAAGGACCAAGUGGCUCUGGUGUUCAAGAAGUUGGAAGCCGACAAGGACUUCAAGCCUUACAUCUCGCGCUUGACCGACGUCAUUUUGAUCCGCAUUUUCCAACACGUUUCGCAAGUGUACGAGACUGUCAAGCUUGACUUCUUGGUGUCGUUGGGCAUCUUCGACGGUAUUGAAGACAAGUUGCUGGCUCUUGAGGUGGAAGCUCUCAUUGUCAACUCGGUCAAGGAAGGUCACUUGAACCUUACCAUCGACCACGAAGCCGGCGUCGUUGUGUUUAAGUCGAACCCCUUCGAAGCGCAAAACCGCGACGACUUUGCUGCUUCUGUCGACAAGUUGCAAAUCUCUCCUGCCGAAUUGGUCCGUAGUCAAAUCGCCAAGUUGGCCCAAACCCUCUCCGCUUCGGCCAAGAUCCUUGACCCCAACUACGGUCGUCGGGCUCAAGAAGUUCGCCAACAAGCUUUGGCUAACGCCAUGUCCAACCUCAUUUCCGAGCAACAGACUCUUGCUCAUCGGGCGGUGAUCAUCGAUGAACGUAAGCGUGCCGCCGACUCGAUCAAGCGUAAGCACGAUGAGGAACUGGCUCGUUUGCGUCAAGAAGCUUUGGCCGCUGACCAGAAGGCUGAACAAGACCGUCUUGCUGCCGAACAAGAGCGUAAGAAUGCCGAAAGACUCGAGCGUGAAAAGCAAGCGAUCUUGAUGAAGGAAAAGCGUCGUAUCGCCGAAGAAAUCAACGCCAAGGGGAUCAUCAAGGUUGACAUGGACAACUUGGAAAACUUGGACACUCAAAAGUUGCAAAUCAUGCAAAUUGAACAACUCAACAAGGACAAGAAGGCCCUUGAAGAGAAGUUGCAAGGUGUUGCCAAGCGUGCCGACCACUUGGAACGUGCUUUCCGUCGUUACGAAUUGUCUCACUUGAACAAGGACGCCGAAGCGCAACAGCAAGUUGAAAAGGAAACCUACGCUAAGUACAAGGAUGCUAAGAUUGCCAAGGCGAGAAAGGAACACGAAGAAAACGUCGCUCUCAAGCAACGUUUCGAACGGAUGAUGCCUGACUACUCGUCGUGGCGUAAGGUGAUCGACGCCAAGAACGCCGAAAAGUUGGUGGUGCUCCAAGAGAAGGCCAAGGCCGACUUGGAAGCCGCCAAGCAAGAACGUAUUGAAACCAUCAAGGCUCAACGGAUUCAAGAAUUGAAGGUGAGACGCGAACGUGAACGUAAGGCUCAAGCCGACGAAGCUAUGCGCCAAGCUAAGGCCGCUGAGGAAGCUAGACAACGUGAGGAGCAACGCAAGCGCGAUGCCGAAUUGUUGAAGAAGCAAGAGGCUGCUGCCGCUGCCGCUGCUGCUCCUCCCCCUCCUCCUCCUGUGGAAAGAAAGUUGACUUUCGCCGAAAAGUUGAAGUUGAAGAGAGAAGGUCGUUUGCCUUAG